GUUGAAAGAAAGAAAGCCGGAAAACUGAUAUUCUCAGUACGGAUUGACGAAAACAGCACCGGCCAACCUGAGGGAGCGGAAUUCGGCAGCAAAUAUAAUGGGACUGUUUGCCUUUGGCCAUCAAAUCAACCUUCCACAAGCUUCAGCCCCGAGGCGGUUACGGAGUUCCUUCUGAUUCAUACUUCCUAUGCUCUUUGUCCUUUUCGUUCUUUUUAUCUGAUUUUUGCUCCAUAUGUAUGACCCCAGGGCUCCCUCAGACCUCGAUAUGCACGGCAGCGGCGGGGAAGGCAGUCGUCCUCCAAAAAGACCUCGCGGCGGCUGGCCUCCCCCACCGGACGAUAUGUACCAAGACAAUUUCCAUCAUGGUCCGCCUCAGGAUGCGCCAGAAAAUUCAAGAAUCAGUCGUCAGGAUGUGCCAGCUCACAAGACUCCAGACAAGGAGCGCGGUCGGCUGUUGUCUUGCAGAGAGUGCCGAAGGCUUAAGCUGAAGUGCGAUCGUGUGUUCCCCUGUCAGUCAUGUAGAAAGAGAGGGUGUAGUGAUAUCUGUCCUGAAGGCGCUUUGACUUCGGGUCGUGGAAGCCGGUUUAUUCUUGCGAACACUGAGCAGCUGCAUGAAAGAAUUACCCAACUCAGCGACCGUGUCCGUCAAUUAGAAGAUGGGCUGCAGACCCUUCAAGCCUCUUAUUCAAAUGAGCCACAUCCGCUGCUCACACCUGAUCUCUUACGCAUUAAAAACUCUCAGCUGCGCCAGUCUCCUACCACUGAGACUCAUAGUCGCGACGAUACGCCCAAAAAUCCUGUGGACUUCCCCAAUGCGCUGCGGAAGCCCGAAGAUUAUUCCAUGGACCGACCUAACCUUAUACCAUACGGCACGUUGGCAAUAGUCCCUGACAUUAAUAUACCCUCCGACAUCCUCCAUCUGAGUGUCGCCUUUCCCUUUCCCUGGACGGUGGACAUCGGUGUCCGCAAACGCAUCAGAGAUUGCCUCCCACCCAUCGAGGAAACGCGCCGUCUCUGUGAACAGGCAUGUCGCAAUGCUCUUUGGCAGUACAACCUGGACGCCUCGGAAAGCUUCUUGCAAAAUCUUAUACAUCAUUGCUAUGCGUCAUCUAUUGAAGAUCUAGGUCCCCGUCGUCUCGCUUUGCUACUUAUGAUUCUAUCUAUUGGGUCCUUGGUCGAUCUACACAAGCCGCUGGGCUCGCUGCAUGGCGAAGCCUACCACCAUCUUGCUCGUGCUGCUGUUUGCGAAAUCCCGCUGAUGGAGGAACCCGAUUUUGAUGAGCUGCAUGCAUUGUUCUUUAUGGUUUGGUACCAUUUGGUGUUUUCGGAUAACAAGAAAGCCGUGGGAUAUGCCUGGAAUUUACUAGGGUUCAUUGCGAAAUUAGCGCAAGGGCUUGGCCUACACCGGGACGGCAGCAGAUUGAAGGUCAUCCCUGAGGAGGAAGAUAAGCGGAGGUUUCUGUUUUGGGAACUGCUGAAUCUAGAUUGCCGACUGAGUCUGUCCCUGGGACGACCGCCAUCUAUUUCCCUAGCCCAUGUCGACGUCAAACGUCCUAAUUACCAUGCUAAAGGGCUGAGUGUCUCUCGGGAAGAGAUAUUGUAUCAUGAGUGGAAGAAUGCCUUCUUCAUCGAGUGUUUGACUCCGAUUUUGGAAGCUAUGAUUAGCAUCACGCCCCCUGAUUACUCUCACAUUAUAACUCUUGACAGAGCUGUCCGGACGUUUGGUGUUCCGCCCCUUCUAGACGAAAGUAGUAUCGUAAACGCAGUCAAAACUCGUCUGUUAUCGAUGCAGCGUGCAUUUGUUGCCACAAGUAGAGAUAUCGCUCUUCUCCAACUCCAUCGUCGGUAUUUCACGGACGCCAUGAAUAAUUGUCCAGAGCCCUUUGACUUUCACCAUCGAUUCGCACCAUCUGUUGUGGCGACAUAUCUUGGAGCAUCUUCUUUAAUUUCUACUGUCACCAAAUUAUAUGACCAAGAGCAGCACUUAAGUACUCGUUUCCUAUGCUUCUGGUUUAAUGCCUUUUCGGCAGCUGUAACAUUGACAUUAUUCAUAUCGAGAGCACCAUCAAGUCCUCUAGCCACGUUUGCCCUUCAAGAUCUUGAACGAGUUCGACAGCUAUUUAUGCAUGCAGCGACUAUUCUCCCUUUCAGUGCAAAAGCCCUCCCUCUGAUGGAAAAGAUGGGGGAAAAGUCUCGCCACUUGCAUAUGCAAGUGCGACGGAACUCCUUACAGGAUGGCUCAAUCGAAAGCGCAAUGAUGGACACGUCAAAAGUUCCUGGCGCCUCCAAUGUUGUACUACCUCCUUCUUUCACCGAUGCACAUCCAUCCCUGUGCCAAUACGCGGAGCAGAUAAUGUCUACGCCAGUGUCACCUGUCUCGCGGAUGUAUGUAUCACAUCCUCAAAAUGUGGAAGACGAAAGGACAUGGCUGCCGGAGGUGUAUCGCUUCCAGAGUGCUGGAAUAACCGUCGACGACCGUUAUAAUUUUGCGUCGGCGCCGCCAACACCAUUUUCUCCGUCUGACCCUCGUGUGGGGAAGCACGAAACCGUGAAUUUCGAUCACGGCGCAAUCACAGUUGAUCUUAGUGAUACCAGCUAUAUGGCCUGGUUCUAGUCGUUGUUAUGGGGCUAAUUAUUUGCGAUCUUUUUUAAAUAAUCUUGCAGGCCUAUAUAACAAUUGAAGUUUAUUCUGCAGUGUACAGUAGAUCGAUUACGUAAUUAAACCUGUUAUGGUCGAGGGCAUGACGAACCUGUAC